AUGAGUAUUGAAGAACAAGUAAUGAUAUUUUUGACAACAGUUGGGAAAAAUGCGUCAAAUCGUGAUUGUAGAGAGGAUUACCAACAUUCUGGUGAAACAAUCUGUGGAUAUGUCCGUGCAGUUUGUGAUGCGAUAUUGGAGUUGACGUCACACUUUAUCAAGCCACCUGACUUCACUGAUGUUCAAUUGGAGAUAUCGACCAACCCAAACUUCUACCCAUUCUUUAAGAAUGUGAUGGCCGUCUGUGACUUCAACAUGUUGUUCACAUAUGUCGUCAGUGGCUGGGAAGGAUCUGCCCAUGACGCAAGGAUUCUAAAUUCAGUUCUAGAUGAUCCUAAUUCGGGAUUCCCACAUCCUCCUCCAGGCAAAUAUUACUUAGUAGAUGCGGGUUAUGCGAACAGAGGUGGGUUCCUCGCCCCACAUAGACGGGUUCCUUAUCAUGUUCCCAAUGCGCGUCGUAACCUUUCUGGACCUAUGGAGUUAUUUAAUUACAAACAUGCAUCGCUUCGGAAUGUUGUGGAGAGGACCUUGGGUGUUUUUAAAAAAAAGUUCCGCAUUCUUGAUGGCAUGAAUAAUUACCCGUUGCAGAAGCAAGCUAACAUUGUUAUGACAUGUUAUGUAAUUCAUAAUUUUAUCAAAAGGUUCGAUAUGAACGACCCUAUCUUCCAAAGGUUUAAUGGCAAUAGAGUUUGUGAGGAAGGAAAUGGGACGGGUUCGAAUCAACUGACUCAGCGUAAUACAGAUGACAUGGGAAGGGUGAGGGAUAACAUAACUACUACUAUGUGGGCAGAACAUGAGUCCAGCUAA